AUGUUCGUUGAGCCUGACGAGGCCGAAUCUAAAAUCGCGGCCAACGCAGACCCUACUGUGACUGCGCGCUCUACGAUACGACGGCAGCGAACCGUGAGAUACAGCCCCGGUACGCGAUUGCACAGGCAAUCAUCAGCGCAGCUCUCCAGUCGCCGCCAGAAUGCUGGGUCUAAUAGCAUACGGCACCCACUAGACCCGCGGAGAUCUCUGCUGGAGGACAUCCGUAGGAGAGGCGCAAGUACUGAGCAUCACGCGUCGCUCAAUGAAAUCGACGAGCUUGAAGCGUCCAUUGCGCAGUAUGAAGCUGUAAGAAAUCCAAAUGCUGCAGAAGUCACGGACGGGCAAGAGACUUUUCGUAGUCGCAUGGAGAGCGAAAGCGCGCGCGCGACCCCCACAACCACUCGGACGGGCCCUGGUAGCCAUUCUAGAGAAGGAGACGCCAUGUCGGAAUACCCUUUCGAAAACCCUACGUCGUCUUCAUCUAGGCUUCGUUCAUCUGUGCAAAGAUACAGACUCACUCCACCGUAUAGUCAAAGAGAAUCGCAGCGCCAAAGUCCGGUCUACAGGCCUGUCAACCGACCUCGUGACGCCCCCUACACCCCUGGAUUUCCACCUGCGCAUCGUCCUGACUUGUUCGACAUGGAGUUGAGACGUUCUGAAAGAAUGGUCGAUCUCACCGGUCUUGCCGCUCGCGUCAGUGACCUUCAGAGUGUGGAACGAUAUCGUCAUGAUAACGAUCUCGACUCUAUGCUAUCUAACGUCAAUUCCAUGAUCUCGCGCAGUAGCAGCCGAUUGACGCCGGAGUAUCUGCUCACGGAAUCGGAGGUUGUUAAUGCAAUCAAAGAAAGGGUGGAAGUUUUGAUUGCCAGAGCAAUCCUCAGCCACGACCUUGACCACAUACCUCCGUCUCGGCGUAGACACCAUCCUUCUCAUCCUAAUCCUUUAAGUCGAGACGAUCUAGAUGGGCUAGGCGAUCGAGAACGCAGUUUCAGCCCAGAAGGCAUAAGCUGGGAGACCAUGCUGACGAACAUAACCCCCGACGACCGAGUGCCAAGCCUGCACUCGUCCUUUAAUAGGGCUACCCCAUCCACAUCUACUUCCUCUUUCGGCUCCGUCUCAAAUCUCAGCGCUUCUUCUUCAUCCUCUUAUGGAACUCAAUUCACCGCACCUUCAUCGUCUGCCGAGAUCGAGCCGUGCCCCGUCAUGGACGCCCAGAAUUCAGACCGAGAAUACUCAGCAGAAUCAUCGAUGGAAUCUUCGCAUUCGCAUAGGCCUCCCAGGGCCGGAGACACCGGGCAUAGGGCAGACGAGCACCUUGACAGAAUCCAGUCUCUUUCGACCAGACUGGACAGUCACAGGGCGCACGGUAGUGAGCACUCAGCGUCAAAUCGCCGGAGCCUCGAGCGAGAAGCUGAGCUGCAGAGACUCGAAGCAACUCUGCGUCGGCUAGAAAGGCAGAUCGAGGAGGAGAACCAUGCGGUUGCUGGGCUACAGCGAACGAGCGGCGUUCGUGCUGGACGCGAGCGGCUCUAA